ACUUACUCCACACACGUCGCAUGGCCACAUCGAGUCCAAGUAAAUCGAAGAAGGACAAGAAGGAGAAGGAUAAAUCACAGCAAAAACAUGGAUUAGAAAGGCUCAAGAUUGUCAUUCGACGUCUUCCACCUAACCUACCCGAGGGGAUCUUCUGGCAGAGCGUGCACACGUGGGUUUCUGAGGAGACUGUAACAUGGAAGAGAUAUCAUCAAGGCAAAUUUCGUAGUCGGUUGAACAAGGAGAACGUUCCAAGCCGAGCUUAUGUUGCCUUCAAGACGGAAGAACAACUCGCCUCAUUUCAUCGGGACUACGAUGGUCACCUCUUCAGGGACAAGUCAGGCAAUGAGUCGCAGGCUGUUGUCGAGUUUGCUCCGUAUCAGAAGAUUCCAUCGGAGAAGAAGAAAGCAGAUGCGCGUAUUGGUACAAUAGAGCAAGACGAGGACUACAUUUCAUUUAUUCAAUCACUCAACCAGCCUGCCCCGGAACCCCCAACUAUCGAAACACUUGUUGCUUCCACCCAAACUAUCCAGCAGCCAAAGACGACGCCAUUGCUCGAAGCCCUGAAAGCAGAGAAAAUCGCCGCGAAGGAAGCGAAGGAAGCCAAAGAGAAGAUGCUCUCAAUGCGUAGUCACGCCCAUCCACCAGAAGUUUUGGUUCGUAAAGAUGACAUGAAGAAGAAAGGACCUUCUCAUAAAUUCUCCACCGACGUUACACCGACUAACAAGAAAGUCGCCAAAAAGGCUGCGGGCCUCACUGCUGGUGUUACUGGCGGAGAUUCCGCCAAUUCUGGAAAUGCAGGAGCGACAGGGCCUCGCAAGCCUCCCAGAGCACCACGAGCAAUGCGCGAGCAACUACGUUCUUCUGCCUCGCAAGCACAGUCAUCCUCUGUCUCUAGUUCAACAAAUACAACAUCCGCACCAGUUACUAGCAAUGAAGUAUCCACACCUCCGGCUAGACGCCCCGUUCUUGGUCUGGGCUCUAGGCAAUUUGAGGCCGCAUUGAGUGGUGUUGCUGGAGGUAAGACUCGCAAAGAACGAGAGAAAGAAAAAGGAAAGGAAAAGGAAAAGGAAAAGGACAAAGAAAAGGACAAAGAUGUGCAUGAGAAGAAAUCCGCUACAAAAGCGCUAGCUAGAAGUGAAGAAAGUGGUGCGCUGAGGGAAGCAACUUUUUCCAAACGUGAGAGGAGUUCCCGUCAUCGCGAAAACACCAAUGGAGGUCCCACUGUGUCAGGAAGACCACAACCGCCGAUUUCGGGUAUUCUGCAACGCGGAGACGGAGCACCUCCUGCUAUAUUACUGCGGGAGCAGAAGCCAACAUCCCCAGCCCCAGGAGCAAAGACGGAAGGGACUCCUCAUCAAGGUCCACAGCCCGGCCCAGGACGCGGUAGAGGAAGAGGAAGAGGAAGAGGUGGCAGAGGUGGGCUUGGUGUGGGGAGAGGUAGUUAGUAUGGCUACAUGAGAUAUCCAUCGAUUCUUGAAUCUCAAACAAUACACUCAAUCAAGAAGGUGCCACGUCUUGAAUGUGCGAGACCAAGAACUCACAGCUUAAAGUGUCCCCUCGAGUCCUUGUUGUCGUUCCUUCCGCUCUCUGUCGCCGCCUUGGUGGAUAUUGGCCCUGAGUGGCUUUUCUUCAUGAAAUGGGGCGCCAAAAGUACCUCAUAUCGGAACCGAGCUCGCACCAAGUAACUCUUGUAUGUCUAAAGCUAGUUCUUGAUAUCAUAAUAGCAUUGUAUGUUCUCCGAACUAAACUUACAGUCGCUCAACAUAUUACCUUCACCUCUUCAGACUCAUGGAAUGGAUGUUUUCGAGACUACAUCAAACAUCUUGGACCUGGACCACCCUCGGAACAAACAAUGAUACUGCUCAAAGUUAUUGUGGCGGUCCAAGCAAGAGUGAUCGCCAUUCACAGUGGUCUAUUGUUCCCAGUCAUAAUCUAGCCUCCGAUGGAUGAGUUUCAUUAUGCC